AUGGGUAGCUAUAUCAUUGCAGCAUAUAAGGGGGCAAAAAACGGACGAACGGCCAUUUUCCGUAACAGGAGAAUCGAACUCGAAGACGGAGACGCGUUCACUCGAUUGCAGGGUCUGCUACGGGAUACUUGCCCUGCAAUGAGUAGCGUAUGGUCAAGGAUAAGAUGGAUUUCGGGCUCCUUCAUUGAAAAUGGCCCGGUCUGCCAUUGUUUGGUGGACAUGCAUGGAAUCUUGAUAUUAGACGCCCUUGAAGGUCCAAGCGAAGAUACCUUGCCCCAUAGUCGGUUGAUGCAUGGGAAAUCUGAGAGGGGCGACUGCCCGAACGCUGUCGAAAAGAGCAUGUCUAGGCAUAAAUUUUAUUCCGCAAUCAAGAUCGAGCAAAGUUGCAAUCGUCCGCCUCUCCCUUUCUUAGAUUCUCCACCGCCGCUGUGCAAAAAGGCAGAGAUGCUUGGUUGUACCACUUCUGGCCUACUCCCACUAACCCACGGCCAAGCUGGGCCUGAAUCGAAGCAGACGGACGGACAGGCAAGAUGCCUAUCUCGCCAGGACGGUGACGAGGGAGACGAGGAAGAAAGGGUAGUUUAUCGAACUGCACCGCCUGUGAUUGAUGGAGUUACUAGUGUUUUUGGAUCCAAGUCCGGCCUUCUUUCAAUCGCCAAUCCUGAAGCGGCGAGGACUGAUGACUCCUCCCCCCUCCCUCAAGGAAUUAGGCCUCCUAUACUCCCACCCCCCACGAGGGAGGCCAACUGGUCAUUGAAGCUUCAGCCGAGGCUGAAAGGCCUUCCGGAUCUCCAACGUAGCUGGCAGCUUGCAAAAGCGACGGGUGAAGCCGCGAACGCGAUUGUAUUGCCGCAAAAUUGA